UAUAAAAAAUGUUUAUUUAAACAUUGUUUUAAAAAAUUGCUGCUGAAAAUUAAAGAAACCAAAAAUCAAAAUACAUUAGUACAAAAAAAAGUAACUGAAGUUAUUAGGCCAUAGCUUCUUAUUCACGUAUGACUAAUCAGAGUGAUGUUAUUUGCCGUCAACAUUAUGUUGGAGUCGGCAGUGGAAUAAAAGGAGUUUUUCUCAGUAUGAUUUACGCAGCAUUCAGUGUUUUUAUAAUAGUAUCAAACCUUUUACUAUUAAAAUUGUUAAGCAACACGCGGAAAAAGAAAUACUCUACAAACAAUGAAAAACUUGUGUUGCUAUUGUCUUUUGUUGAUUUGGUUGUUGGUUCGGUUGUUAUACCUCUUCAACUUGUUUUAUUUAUAAAACUGAAAGCGGUAUCUUGUUUGUUUAUUUCCAUAACAGCAUUUUGGCUUGUAUUUCUUUUGGUUUUUUCAGGCUCAAUUGUUGUCUUGAUAUCAAUAGAACGUUUUGUUACAGUAUUGCACAACAAAAGGUUUUAUGGUAUUCAUUUUAAUGGUGCUUGCAUAAUAACAAUUAUUAUUUUUCAGUUUUUAAUAUCUUUUGGAUUAGGUAUUUGGUACGCACUCCUUGUUCCUUCACCAAAAUCACUUCGCCAGCAAUCUAUCUACUUUUUUAGUAUUUCAACAUAUAUAUUUCUUAAUAUAAUAUUGAUAUUCAUCAUAAAUACAUUGUUGUUGAUAAAAACAAAAAAGAUGAUGAGAAUCAAGGAAAUUCAUGUGGCGGAACACAAUGUCGUUGAAAGGCGUCUAAAUAAAACCAUGAUGCUAAUAUCGACUUCGCUUAUGAUUUUAUAUUUACCUUCAGUUUUUGUUGGCUACACCCACGCCGUAAACCUAUAUUUAAAUGUAUUGAAACAGUCAGGUUAUAUUUGGACUAUUGUUUUAUGCGAAUUUAAUUCCGCCUUUAAUCCAUCUAUUUAUAUAUCUAGAAAUAAAAAGUACCUUAAGUUAUAUAAAUUUAACAUACGUUUGUUGAUUCGAAAGUUUUUAAAUAAAAAAAACAGCAAGGUCUAUCAGUCAUAAAUAUAAAACUAAUAAACAAAGACCCUACGUUUAUGAGAAUAAUAAGAAAAAGCGCAGUUUUUCCUGUACGAUCACAUCUCAUUUGGAACACUUUUUUGGAAUAAAAUUGUC